AUGGCAGGCUCUCUCAGAGUCGAGCAAGUCGACUGGGAUCAUCCCGACGCCUGCGAUCUUCGACAGCAGCAGCGCAUCGACAUUGCAGCUCUCUACGAGCGUGUCGACUCGGAGCCAGGAACAAUACCGACGGCGGGUGACAUGACCUGCUUUUGCGUCGCCUACCAGGACGGCCAACCUGUCGGCUGCGGGGGUCUCCGACGGCUGGAUCACGACUCGGCCGAGCUCAAAAGGAUGUUUGUCACCAAGGCUGCUCGCGGCAAAGGCGCCGCCAUCGCCAUCCUCGACUUUCUCGAACGCACAUCGCUCAGGCUUGGCAUGCACCGCUUGCUCCUCGAGACCGGUGACAAGCUCAUGGAAGCUUAUCGCUUCUAUACUCGCAACGGCUACAAGGUCAUCCCCAACUUUGGAUACUAUCAGGGCGUAGACACCUCGAUCUGCAUGGAGAAGCUUCUCGUCGACGAGUCAAUAGACGUUGACCACAAAUGA